AUGCAGUCCAGAACAGCUGAGAGUCCGAUGGAAUUCGAGUGGCAACAUCGCCAGCCUGGUGAUGCCAGCUCCGGAUUCCAUCAGUUCGCUUUGCAGCAUGAAAACAAGAAGCCGCAUUUGGUUCUCCUGAGAAGACAAAAGUCCCCGGUCUCCGCGCUCCGAAUUCGCAUCCUUUCCUUUUCUCUCAACAACCAGCUUCGCCCUCGCCAGCACCCUACACCUCGCAAACCUCUUCACAGACCCCCCCGAUUUGGCCAGUCAGCUUGGACAACACCGCGCAAACCUGCUGAGAUCGAUUUCUCCUCCGGCGCAGAGAACUUCUCUUCACCCGAAAACGCAGACAACGAAGAUACCCCAGAGCAGCCAUUCCGACACGAACGACAAAACUCCCUGUUCAACAACCGCGGACGCUUCGCUCCCAACGCCAGUCCGGGUCGCGGGGAGAUUCGCAAGAAUCACUACUCCGGCGCUGUUGCCCGUAGGGUCUUCAAGAAGAGACAACGAGACAAGGAGAUUGGCCGACGAGUUCGCGUGGAUAGCGACGACGACAGUGAUCGACCCAGCAGUAGCGAAGGGCUACCAGGCAAAACGAACAACCAUAAGAGAUAUUCAAAGAAGCACGAUCAAGCGACGAACAGCUCCGCCUUAUCACAAUUAUUCACCUUCCUCGAAUCACACCCCAAUAUGCCAAGCAUCCUGUCUUGGUGGGCGCAAUUGACGCUCAACGUAUCCAUCUUCUCGAUGGCUGUGUACGUCGUUUGGUCCGUCCUGCAGUCCAUCCGCGGCGAAUUCCAGCAUAUGGCCGAACAAGAGUCGAGUGGGAUUCUCACUGAGAUCCACGAUUGUGCUAGAGAUUACCUGACCAAUGGUUGCGAGAGCCCGCAUCGCGCACCCGCGUUGAAGAAGAUGUGCGAUUCCUGGCAGGUCUGCAUGGAUCGUGAUCCGGCCAAAAUCGGCCACGCGAAGUUAUCGGCGGCCACCAUGGCGACAAUAAUUAACUCUUUCAUCGAGCCAAUCAGCUGGAAAGCGGUGAUUAUCUUCCUGGUUGCCAUGUGUGUCAUGACAGUUGUCAGCAACUGGUCCCUUAGCGCGUUUAGAAACAACCUUAACAACCAGCAAGGCUAUAUGCAGCAACAAGGAUACUCCAACUCCUCUGAUAUGAAUAGAAUGUACCACCCGGGACUGCUCCACCACUCGAUGCCCAACUAUGGGUUCCCUCCACAACAGCAGUCGCACCAGCUCGCACCGUCGUCCGCCGCAGAUGCCGAGAAGGAAAACGUGCCCUUGAGACUUGAAGCGCCGAGUAUGGAUUUCGUCACGGAACGCAGUCGAGACCGCGAGGCCCACCUCCGCUCGCCGAGCCCCUCCAAGCGGACCCGUCAGUUCUCGUGA